CCUCCCGCGGCUGCCGCGCGCCCCCGGCCCCCGCGCCAUCGCGCCCGGGCCGGGACGACAUCGCGGCCCCGCGCGGCGCGGCUGAGGCGACCCCGCGCGACGCGGCUGAGGCGAAGACGGUAAGGAGGCCCAGAGAGUUAAUUGACAUGCCCAAGGAAACAGGACUAGUCGAUCAUGGAACCAGGAUGCAAAAGUGUCAGGACAUCCAAAUUCAGUGAAGAAAAAGGAUAGUCUUCGGAAGCUGUGAUUUACAAACAAAGAAAAUGUAACAUAAUUAUGUUGCAGAAAAAAGUUGGUCUACAGAAUCAAGAAGAGGACAACCAAGGAAAAGCAAUCAGGUGAAAAUGUGCUGGGCCAGCAGCACCCCAGUCACCAGGGAGCACAUGUUGGCAAUCGUUACAGCGCCCAGCUUUGCGACGGCCGCUACAUCCGUGGACUGGGCCUCCAGCGCCUCCCCCAUACAGGUCGCUGGGUGGCUAGGGCCUAGGAUGCUGGGUCCCAGAAAAGAACCCGGGCGCCCCGCCCCGCCCCGCCCCGCCCCGCCCUAGCCCCGCCUCUGAGGAAAGCCCCACCCACGAGAGGCGGGAACGGAGGAAGGAGUGGGAGGGGCGAAGCUUGUGUCAGUGCCGGAGGCGGGAGGCGGGUCUUCUUCGGAGCCUGUGUCUAAGGAGCUAUCCAAGGACAGAAAAGGAAUUGAAUUAAUUUUCUCUCUCUCGCUCUCUCUAAUGAGGACCACACAGUGGUUCAUUCCAGCUCCGCCCAGUAGAAAUCGGAUUCCAACCAUCACUCAGAAAAAAUCCUCCGCCUUCAUCUCGCCUCAGAUACUCAGGACUACAACUCCCAGAAGGCAUCGGGGCUCAGCUAUCUGACUUGCGCAGUAGCGUUCGUUGUAAAGUGCUAUGACAACAGGGCGAAGACGGCUUGGAGUUAGGCUUGAGUGGGGAGGUGUCCCUUCCGCCGUUGCUGUCCUUUUUCUGCUACAUCCCACUCACUGCCUCCAUCAUUUCCUCCUCUUUGUGAGCAGCAAGGCUUUCCGCUGUUCUCUCCUGCCUGAUCUGUGCCACGGGAUUGAUGCCGUUUUUCCUGCUUGUCUCUGAGGGUGACAGAGAGGGGAUGCAGGGUAGCUGCUUGGUAGGAUCGCUCCAACUCUGUGAAGCUGGUGGUGCUACCUGGUGAGGCGCUCUCUUUGCCUGGGACGUGGAACAAGUUGGAUCAGGAGAACGAGAGGGAGCAGUAAGGGUUGCUUUUUUCUGCACUGCCCGUUCUUGCUCGUCGUUCCAGCCCUGGGACCCUGGCGGACGUUCUUAAAGAGAAAUCGGUGGAAAGAGUUCGAAGAAAGGUGGGGCAGGACCCACCUGAUUCAGCAUCAGAGUGAACGAAAAUGUCUUUAUUUAAAGCCCGUGAUUGGUGGUCUACUGUUCUGGGAGAAAAAGAAGAAUUUGAUCAAGGCUGUUUGUGUUUGGCUGAUGUUGACAAUACUGGAAAUGGGCAAGAUAAAAUAAUUGUGGGUAGCUAUAUGGGAUACCUAAGAAUCUUUAAUCCUCAUCCUGUAAAAACAGGAGAUGGAGCUCAAGCUGAAGAUUUGCUUCUAGAAGUGCAUUUACGAGAUCCAAUACUGCAAGUAGAAGUAGGAAAGUUUGUUUCAGGUACCGAAAUGCUUCAUUUGGCUGUGUUGCAUUCUAGAAAACUGUGUGUCUACUCUGUCUCAGGAACCUUGGGUAAUGUGGAACAUGGGAACCAAUAUCAGAUCAAAUUGAUGUAUGAGCAUAAUCUUCAGAGAAUAGCCUGCAAUAUGACUUAUGGAUCAUUUGGUGGUGUAAAAGGUCGAGAUUUAAUUUGUAUCCAGUCUAUGGAUGGGAUGCUGAUGGUAUUUGAGCAGGAAAGCUAUGCUUUUGGGAGAUUUCUACCUGGUUCUCUUCUACCUGGUCCUCUUGCUUACAGUUCCCGUACAGAUUCCUUCAUUACUGUUUCUUCCUGCCGACAAGUGGAAAGUUACAAAUACCAAGUACUUGCUUUUGCAACGGAUGCAGAUAAAAGACAAGAGACUGAACAGCAAAAACUUGGUUCUGGAAAAAGACUAGUUGUGGAUUGGACUCUAAAUAUUGGAGAACAAGCCCUUGAUAUAUGUAUUGUCUCUUUCAAUCAGUCAGCAUCUUCGGUUUUUGUUCUUGGUGAGAGGAACUUUUUUUGCCUUAAGGAUAAUGGACAAAUUCGAUUUAUGAAGAAACUUGAUUGUAGCCCAAGUUGUUUUCUGCCAUAUUGUUCAGUUUCUGAAGGAACAGUAAAUACUUUGAUUGGAAACCAUAAUAACGUGUUGCAUAUUUAUCAGGAUGUGACACUGAAGUGGGCCACUCAACUUCCCCACAUUCCUGUAGCAGUAAGAGUGGGCUGUUUACAUGAUUUAAAGGGAGUGGUAGUCACUCUGAGUGAUGAUGGUCACUUGCAGUGUUCAUACCUGGGAACAGACCCUUCUUUGUUCCAAGCUCCAAAAGUUGAAUCUAGAGAACUAAACUAUGAUGAACUUGAUAUAGAAUUGAAAGAACUUCAGAAAAUCAUCAAAGAUGUUAACAAAUCACAAGGUGUUUGGCCCAUGACUGAGAGAGAAGAUGACCUGAAAGUCUCUGCCAUGGUUUCUCCUAACUUUGAUUCAGUAUCUCAAGCUACUGAUGUUGAAGUGGGAGCUGACCUUGUCCCUUCAGUCACAGUGAAGAUCACACUGCAGAAUCGAGUGGCAUUACAAAAGGUCAAAUUAUCAGUCUAUGUGCAACCACCUUUAGUACUGACUUGUGAUCAGUUCACUUUUGAAUUUAUGGCACCAGAGAUGACUAGAACAGUAGGCUUUUCCGUUUAUCUGAAAGGAAGUUAUUUACCACCUGAAUUGGAAGGAAAUGCUGUUGUUUCUUAUUCCAGACCAACAGAUCGAAAUCCUGAUGGCAUUCCUCGAGUUAGCCAAUGUAAGUUUAGACUUCCGCUGAAAUUAAUCUGCUUACCAGGCCAGCCUUCAAAAGCUGCAAGCCACAAACUAACUAUUGAUACCAACAAAUCUCCAGUCAGUCUUCUCAGUCUCUUUCCAGGCUUUGCCAAUCAGUCAGAAGAUGAUCAGGUGAAUGUGAUGGGUUUUCGCUUCUUAGGAGGUUCCCAAGUUACUCUUCUUGCUUCCAAAACUUCUCAACGAUAUCGUAUUCAGAGUGAACAAUUUGAGGAUCUUUGGCUCAUAACAAAUGAGCUUAUUAUCCGCCUUCAAGAGUAUUUUGAAAAACAGGAAAUCAAAGAUUUCGCAUGUUCUUUUUCUGGAUCUAUGCCCCUUCAAGAAUACUUUGAGUUGAUCGAUCAUCAUUUUGAGCUGCGGAUAAAUGGUGAAAAAUUAGAAGAACUCUUAUCUGAAAGAGCUGUACAAUUUCGGGCCAUUCAACGCCGGCUAUUAACAAGGUUCAAAGACAAAACACCUGCCCCCCUGCAACACCUGGACACCUUGCUAGAUGGAACUUACAAGCAGGUAAUCGCUCUAGCAGAUGCAGUAGAGGAAAACCAAGACAAUCUGUUCCAAUCAUUCACUAGGCUGAAAAGUGCCACCCAUUUGGUGAUUCUGCUGAUCGGGCUGUGGCAAAAGCUUAGCACUGACCAGAUUGCUAUCCUGGAAGCGGCAUUUCUGCCACUGCAGCAGGACACUCAAGAACUGGGCUGGGAAGAAACGGUGGAUGCUGCUAUUUCCCACCUCUUGAAGACCUGCCUAUCGAAGAGUUCCAAGGAGCAGGCUUUGAAUCUCAGCAGUCAGUUAAGCACACCCAAAGACACAAGCCGACUGAAGAAACACAUCACCUUGCUGUGCGAUCGAUUAGCCAAAGGUGGACGUCUCUGCCUAAGUACUGACGCAGCAGCUCCGCAGACCAUGGUCAUGCCAGGUGGCUGUGCUACGAUCCCAGAAUCAGACCUAGAGGAAAGAUCAAUUGAACAAGACUCCACUGAACUGUUUACCAACCACAAACACCUCAUCGUGGAGACGCCCAUGCCUGAAGUUUCACCCCUCCAAGGAGUCUCAGAAUAGUUGAAGUAGCAUUGUCUGGUUGAGGGGAAGAUGGCCUUCCCAAGGCUGAUCCUGUGUGGACCACGUGCCAAGCACAGAUGAAGGGCUGGCCCAGGUGCUUCAUCCAGCUCACCUGCCAGGAGAUAACAAUAGGUAGAGAUGGGGAUCACAGGACUUUUAAUUUUUCUGGGAGGACUUGUAAUACUGUGGGCAAGUCAGUUGAACUUGUUUUACCAGUAAAGAAUAUUGCUGCUUUUUGGUCAUCUGUAUGCUUUCAGCUGCAGGAUAUAGUGAGAUGACAUCUUUUGGGGACAGACUUUAUAAUGCAAAGACCUAGAUCCUAUUUGAUACCCCAAUUUUUUCACAGAAUUCUUAUAUAGUAAGUGUAUCGAGUUUAAUAAAGCAUCUCAUUGUCAAA